AUGGCGAAAAAAGAGAAGAAGCCCAAGGAGAAGAAGCAGAAAAAGGAGAAGAAAAGUAAAAAGGAUAAGGGAAAAGGCAAGGAUGAGGACGGACGUGAUCAAACCAAGAAUGUGACGAAGAAGGUUGCCGUCUGUGGUGAUGAGGAAACAGUCCGUAAAGUGGUAUCUCAGGUAAGAAGAAUAUACCAGACUUAAGUUCCCUUAAAUCCUCAUAGUCCGGAAAGUUAAAAACGGACACUGACGGUGCCGAGGUGACCUUGAACGUUGAGAAUGGCAUGAACGGACCUACGGAAGUCGCACCUGGAGGCAGCUAUGAAGGUGUCCUCUGUGUCUACGACAUGCGCUCUCCACAAAGCUACAGUUUUCUCAAGGAGCAGGUACGAACCGGUAUAUGUUAUUUAAUCGAAACUUAGGUCAUGAACUCGGCCAAAAUCAAGGCAGGAAAUGCCUAUCUAAUGGUCGCGGGCGUGGGUCUGGAGUACCGUGGCAGCAACGAGCGGACUCUUGUUUCCAACCAGGAUCUCAAGUCUCUGGCAUCAGCAAACGGUGCAGUAUGCACAGAACUAAUUUCCUCGGAUGCCGUAAGUUGACUAUUCCACCGUCUUUAAUUUCCUAACUGGUUUCUAAACCGUUCAGGCAAACUAACAUGAUGUUGGUUGUAACAAAGUACACCGUUCUGAUUCCCUAAUUAAAUCAUAGUUAAUUCCAAGGGCCGUCGAAAGCAUCAGUCAAGGCUUAAAGAAGUGUCAAGCGACUAUGGCUUUACGAUAAAUGAUUUUUCUGUUACAUCCAGACGGCCUCUUGUUUGAUGUGUCUGCGAGCGUUAGUUGCUUAAUUUUAUGGAGGGUGGAAAAAUUAUGUACCUCUUUUCUGACAACCCGAUUAAGUGAUACGCGUGAUGCAAUAAUUGUGAACUGACAUUUAGCUUAAAAAUUUACGGAAGCAUAAUUUUUAAGAAGUGCAUUGUAGUUAACCUUUUACUUUUACAACGAGAGCUUUAAAGGUGGCAGCAUUUAAAUUGUGAUCGUAAAAUCGGCAAACAGACGCAAAGGUGUAGACUGGGAUGUCAUUAUGGAAGGUCCAAUUCAAUGCUAAUCGCCCGCUCUGCGUUGGCAGUCAUUUUCCUGAUAAAUUGUGGUAAACAUGGAAAUGCAUAUACGAUGUUAGAUGUUCUCCAUCCAGGUAAAGAUCAUGUUGAUAUAAAUUGGCCUCAAAAUUGACCACGGGCUGCAAAGCUGCCGAUUAGGAGCUAUGCCCCCUACCUACUGGUCUAUUGCUAUCACGACCAGUAAUCAUACAGAAUAGUUCAUACUGAGUGCCUUUUAGAAGAGUUACAAGAAUCAUUUGGCGGUCGAAGUAAGCUGCUUGUUAUCCCUAAUGUUAACAAUACCAAAUUUAGGGGAUCUCAAUGUACCGUGUCGUCCCUUCCAAAUUUCAGUAGGUAUUACGUUGAAAUUAUCAGUUAUUUUAAGGCAUUUUCACUGCCAGUUCAGGUGGUGCCAGUCAGUGAAAUUAAACAGGCUCCUGUCUAAUGUGUAUCAGACAAUGGCUCACAGGCUACCAUUUGUCAACGAUUUGUGGAUUUUUCCAGAAAUGAGAAACAUGUCUAAUUGUACAUAUCAUUUUCUUUCAGAAUGCAAUGGCUGAUGGCAUCCUCUCUCUUUUUAUCCGAAAAGAUCCCCAAUCCGUAAGGCAAAACGCCAACAAUCCGGAAACAAAGGAGAGCACAGAGGAGGGUGGAAAAAAGAAGAAAAAGGACAAGAAGGACAAGAAGGAUAAAAAGGAGAAGAAGGAGAAAAAGCCGAAGAAAGAGAAGAAAUCCAAGAAGUGA